AUGCAGGAAAAGAAAGGCAAAUAUGCUUUCACUGUAACACUUCUUGAUGUACAUUGCACACCUGGUUUUAUCUGUGUAUUUGUACAAGUAAAUUAUAUUAGAACACUACAUUACCAUAAAACAUUAACAAAUUGGUUUAAAUUCGACGGUUCAAGUGAUUCGUUGAAUUUUUUAUUUUGGAAAAAUUUUGCACGACAACACCACCAUAUAAAUCCAUUCAUUUUACAUUGGGAGCCAGCUCAUUUUGAUCGUAAUACUUUAGAGCAAGCACAUCAAAAGCAUCUGGAACAACAAAAUCGCCGUCGGAAACGUGAUUUAAAUAAUAAUUAUGAAAAUGGUCCAGCUCAUACAAUUAAAUUAAAAUUCUCAGCUCAUGAUAGGGAGUUCCGAUUAGUAUUAUAUCAAAAUCCGCUAUCUGUUUUUGCUCCAGACGUAGAAAUCGAAAAUACAUUGGGACCUGUCGAUUAUGAUAUAUCAAGAAUAUACACCGGUUCACUAGAAGAUGAUGAAAAUUCUCAUGUACAUGCCGUCCUUACAAAAAAUAAUUUAAUUGAUGGGACAAUAUCAACAAAAACCGAACAAUAUUACAUUGAACCAGCAGAACGAUAUUCAAAUGAUUUAAUUAAUUCUGGUAUACAUACAAUCGUAUAUAAAUUAAGUGAUGUUAAAAUGAAUAAUAAAAAGCCAUCAUUUACUAUUUCAAAUUAUUUAAAUAAUGAUUUUAGUAGAACACCAAUUAUGACAAUUGAAUCGCCACAACAUCAUUGUGCUAGUGAAAAUUUACGUAAAAAAUUAGAAGCGCAACGAAAGACAAAAGAUUUUAAAAGAAGAAGAAAAUCAUCAUUAUCAAUAAGUCCUUUAUAUUUAAAUAGCAUUUUUUAUAAUAAUGAAAAUAAUAAAAAUGAUAAUAAUAUGCAAUUAUUAUCAUUUCCAUCAAAUUCAUUAAAAUUAGCUCCUCUUGCCAAUAAUAGUAAUGAUAAAAAAUUAAAUAAUAAAAAUAAUAAUAAUUUUAAUAGUAAAAAUAAUGAUAAAAUAAAAAAUUAUAAAAAUUAUGAUGAUAGUGAUAGUAACAACAAUAUCAUAAAUAGUGAUACAAUUAGGAAUAAUGAAAAUAAAAAUAUUAGAAAUAACAGCAGUAGUGACAGUAAUAAAAAAUCGAAUAUUAAAAAAAUAAACAACAGUAGUUUUAGCUUAGUUAUUAAUAAUAAUAAUUUAAAUAGUAAGACAGCAACUAAUAAUAAUGAUGAAAAUAAUGAUAUAGAAAAUAAAAAUUCAAAACGUCAGAAAAUGUCAAAUAAAAUGACAUUUUUGACAAACAAAAGUCAAAAUAAUCUCAAAUAUGAUGCUAGUGACAUUCAAAAAGAUGAUGAGACUGUCAAUUUUCAUGAUAAUCAAAUAAUUAAUUCCAUCAAAUCAAUUAAUAAUUAUAAUAUUAUUGACAUUGAUGAUAUUUUUAGUAAGAAAAUUUUAAAUGAAAAUCUUAAAAUGGAUCGCAGCAGCGAUGUGACUAGCAAUAGAAUUGAUGUAAAUAUAUCACUAUCGAAAAAUAGCUAUGAUGUAAAUCCAAGUCGAAGUAAAAGAAGAAAACGAUGGCUUCCAGAUGAGUUAUCGGAUAAUAGAGAUCCACCACUUCCUCUUGAUUUGGAUGUUCCAUACAAUGAUGAAUUUAGUUUAUUUGAACGUAAUAGCAAUACAAAUCUUCGUAAUAAUGGUAAAGUGAUCAAUAAUAGUAGCGGUAGUAACGGUAGAAGUAGUAGUGCUAGCAGUACUAAUAAUAGCAAAGGUAAUGCUAGUACAUCAACAUCUUCAGGAACUGGAACAAUUCGAACAAAUAGUAAAGAAAAUUUAGUAAUUGGUAUAGGUAGAAGUCCUACAACCAAUCAAAAUAGUGGUAAUAGAAAUGUAGAUAUACGAAAUAUUGAAAAUUUUAGUGGAAAUGGAGGAGGAAAUGGUAAUAGUUUUAGUAACAGUAAUAGUAACAGUAAUAGCAACAGUGGUGAUAUUAUAACAGGAAAUGGAAUUUAUUUAAAAAAUAAUCGAAAUCGUAAUAUCCUAGUGAAUCAAUAUAGUCCAAAUAAUCCAAAUAGUGAUUUUACAAAUAAUAUAAAUAAUAAUAACAAUAAUAAUAAUAAUAAUUAUUAUAGUAAUAUCAGUAAUAAUGGAAGACAAAAUAAUUAUAAUAAUAAUCAUAGAAAUAUAAUAGGUAAUAGUUAUAAUGGUGAUAAUAGUAAUUUUAAUUCAAAUACAAAAAUUCGGACUAUUUUCAAUACAAACUUUGAUAUAAUUAACAAUAACAAUAAUAAUUUUAAUUUAAAUGGCGGCGGUAAUAGCAGUCCAAGCCAUAAAACUCAUGUUGAAAUUAUAACACGUAAUGGUGCAACGAAAAGACCAAAUAUUAUUGGUAAUAAUUAUAAUCCAGAUGUUUAUUUAACAAAUACAAAAAAUGGUAAUAGUAAAAUAAAUAGUCAUUUAAAUUUAAAUAUUCGUAAUGAAUUGGAUUCAUCAUUGUCAUCAUCAACAAGUGCCAGACCAUCGUUAUAUGAUAGAAAAAGCACAUGUAUGUUAUAUUUACAAGCUGAUCAUACAUUUUUUCAAAAAAUGGGUUCAGACGAGGCCAGUAUUGAAGCUAUAACACGGCAUGUUCAAAGAGCUAAUACAAUAUAUAAAAAUACAGAUUUUAAUAACGAUGGAAAACCUGACAAUAUAACGUUUAUGAUCAAAAGAAUUAAAGUACAUAACGCUAAUGCAGUAAAAGAUCCUUCAUAUCGUUUUCCUGGAAAUUAUGGUGUCGAGAAAUUCUUAGAACUUUUUUCUGAGGAAGACUAUGACGCAUUCUGUUUGGCUUACAUGUUCACUUAUAGAGACUUUGAAAUGGGAACAUUAGGUUUAGCAUGGACUGGUGAUUUAAAAAAUGCUGGGGGUGUUUGCGAAAAAAAUGGGCACUAUCGUGGCUCAUUAAAAUCAUUAAACACUGGAAUUGUAACAUUAUUAAAUUAUGGAAAACAUGUACCACCAGCUGUGUCGCAUGUUACAUUAGCUCAUGAAAUCGGACAUAAUUUUGGAUCACCUCAUGAUCCUGAACAAUGCACUCCAGGUGGUGAAGAUGGUAAUUAUAUAAUGUUUGCUCGUGCAACAUCCGGUGAUAAACGAAACAACAAUAAAUUUUCACCAUGUUCAUUGAAAUCAAUUGAACCAGUAUUAAAUGCAAAAGCGCGCAGUGCAAAAGGCUGUUUUACAGAACCACAAACGUCAAUAUGUGGAAAUGGUGUUGUUGAACCUGGUGAAGAAUGUGAUUGCGGUUGGGAAGAAGAUUGUAAUGAUGUUUGUUGUUUUCCAAUGUCAAGACAUCCACGUAUUGAUGAAAGACCGUGUACAUUACAACCGAGAGCAAUGUGUAGUCCAUCACAGGGACCAUGUUGUACAACACAAUGUAAUUUAAAAUUUGGUGAUAAAUGUAGAGAUGACAAUGGUUGCCGUGAUCCAAGUUUCUGUGAUGGUAGACAACCACAAUGUCCACCAAGUGUUAAUAAACCAAAUAAAACAAUAUGUAAUAAAGAAUUCGUAUGUUAUAUGGGUGAAUGUACUGGCUCAAUAUGUUUAGCAUUUGGUUUAGAAUCAUGUCAAUGUCUUCCUGGUCCAAAUGAUCCAAAAACAAAAUCAUGUGAAUUAUGUUGUAAAGAACCGGGUGAAGGUAAAUCAUGUAAAAGUUCAUUUGAAUGGAAUGAACAGCCAUACGAUGUACCAGAUAUGUUUGCUAAACCAGGAACACCAUGCAAUGAUUAUAACGGAUACUGUGACGUCUUCCAAAAAUGUCGAGAAGUUGAUCCAUCUGGACCAUUGGCAACUCUUAGAAAAUUAUUACUAUCUGAAGAGAGUAUUGCUUCUUUCAAAAAAUGGAUUCAAUCGAAUUGGUAUACAGUUGCAUUAGCUGCUGUUGGAGUUAUUGUCCUUUUGAUAUUGAGCACGAAACUAUUGGGCAAACGAAAUGUGAAACUGAAAUCAGUAACAAUAAUACACAGUGCAACGACAGAGACAGUUCGAUUGCCGGAGGACAACAACGGUGUGAUAGUACAUACAGCAGUCCGAACAAAAGUACCAUUCAAAAAGAAAGUUCGGGGUCAAAGAAGUCACAAGACAAAAAUAAUAACCAAAAAAUCUACCCAACAAAAGAUCAGUUCGAAAUCAAAUACAAAGGUUGGUAAUGGUAAUCCUCCACCUGUGGGUGGUAGUGGUGGUGUUCCUCCCACGCAAUCGACUUCAAAUAUUGUAUCACCUGCCAUUACAACAACUUCAAUUAGUGCCAAUAAAAAUUCCCCUACUGCCACUACAACUACUGUUAUACCUAAAAUACCAUCUACUGUACUAAACAAACGUUCAUCUGGCGAAGUACUCAAAAAAGUAUCACGUAAAAAAAUUCGUACUAGUUUAGACGACAAAGUUAGCAAUAAGUUAAGCGAUUUUAAGAAAAGUAAAAAAUUAAAAAAGAAAAAUGAAAUUAUAGAUUAUUCUAAAAGCAUUGCCGGUCCAAAUAAUGCACAUACAAACACAUUUGGAAAAGUUCAAAAAUGGCUUCUUGAUUCUCCUAUAGUCGCUCAACCUUUAUCUCAUAUCGAACAUUCGUCCAAAGUUCGUAAUAUAAUGACAAAAUCACAGUCGACACCAGACAGAUUAAUACAAAAAUCACCACAAAAAACAAAAUCUGUUGGAAAUUUAAGUAAUGAAAAAGUGAAGUUGCAAGUCGUUUACAAACCACCAUUUAAAUUCUCUUUGAAAUUAUCAAAAAAUUCGGCAGUUAAAACUCACGUAAUUGGUGGUGGAUUAGGGAAAUCCAAACGUAAAAGUAGACCUACUGGAAUUGAUAAAAAGAAAGUUGGAGUAGCACCUAUUGCUAGUAGUAAAUCAUCUGAUGAACGUGGACGUAGAGCUGCACUAUUAGUAAGAUCAACAGAUAAAACCGAUGGAUUAAAAUUAAACUUAAUGGAAAAUUCGGAACCAAAUUACGAAACAUUGGAACAUCCAGAUAAAAUGUCAGACAAAACCCCACUUUAUGAAAAUAUGCAAGUCAAUAGUACAGAAAAUUUAAGAGAAUUGAGUAAAUCAAUUGAUACCUUAGAUAUUACAAACCUACACAAAUCAUCAAAUAAAAACAAUAAGCCACCCGACGUAUUUCGAAUUAACCGUAGUGCUAGUAACUCACAUAUAGAUUGUUCUGAAACAAAUACGAACAAAAAUCAACAGCCACAUAGUUAUAGUCGUAGUAACUCAGUGUCACACAAUACGGGAGCAGCCGCUCUAAGACCAAUUUCAUCCUCGCGUAAAGCUAGUGAUACCUCAGUAAAUUUAAGUCGAAAUUUUGGUAGUACCCAAAAUCUUAUACCAAACAGCCAUAAUAAUUUAUCAAAGUCAAAAAAACGUAGUAGUCUUAACUUAAAGAAUAACAGCGUUUCAUCUUCAGAUACAAAACGUCCCUCAAUUUCUAAAAAACCAUUGACGCCUGAUGGUAUAACAAGCCCAAUCGGAUUAGCACCAGCAAGACGUAGCAGUUCUAAUCAAAAUUUGCGAAGAGAAAAUUCUUCUUCAAAUUUACGUCGAUCAGAUAUUGCUGACAUUGCGUUGCCACAACAACAAAAAGGCAGUACCAAUAAUCUUUUAAAAUCAUCAUCAUCGAAUGGUGUUAAAGGAACUAUGAAAAAUAUACCGAGAGCAUCAUUAUCGAAUAAUGCAAAUACUCAUGCGCUUUUAGUUGGAGCAUCCCAACAGUUAAACAAUUUAAGUAACAUAAACAGUAAUAAUUCAUAUCAUAUUCAGCAACAACAAACAAAACAAAGAACACCCUCACCACCUACGAACAAUUUAGUAAGUGCAAAUAUCAAUAAUACAAACAACGGAAAUUUAUUAUUACGCCAACAAUCACAUAAUCCUAAUGUUAAUUAUAAUGCAUUAGGAAAUCAAUUAUCAAAUUUUAAUUACAAUAAUUUAAAUAAACCACAUACUGCCGGUUGUGAUGAUUUUCACAAAUCAUCACCUUUUGAAUGGCCAAAAAAUUUUACCAAUGCAUGUGUACCAUUGCAACAUCAACAGCAAAUACAACAGCAUGGAGCAUCAACUUCUGUUAACCAUAGUAAUCGCAACAGUUACAAUAGCAGUAACAGCAGUAGAAAUAAUAGCAUUAGCAACAGUAAUGGUAGUAAUAGUAGUAAUAGUAUAAAUAAUACAAAUAAUAUUGCUUCGAAUGCAGCAAUUCUGUCAAAUAAUAUUAUUAACCAUCAUAGUAGUAAUAAUUUUAUGACAAAAUCACAACAACAAUUAUUGCAACCACAACAACAACAGCAACUACAGCCAAUUUCCACUAUUAAUCCCUCUAAUUCAAUUCCGACAGCCACCAAUAUUACAAACCACACAAAUAAUAUAAAUGUUAAUAAUAAGAACAAAUUUAAUAUAAGUAAUUCAAUUACCACACCAACAAUUGCAACCACUACCGCUACAAAUAAUUCUAAUUACAACGAUCAAAAAAAUAAUCUUAAUAUUAGUAAUAAUAAAAACUUUAAUAAUAAAUUAUCAGCAUCAUUAAAACAAAAUAAUGGUAACAAUGAAAAUAUUAAUAAUGAUAAUUCAAUAACACCAUCUGAUCUGGAAGUUAUGAUAUCAGAUGUAGAAAAUUUAGUUAGUUAGAAUUUAAUUAAAUUAUAUUUUAAAUUAAUUUUGAAAUAUUACUGUAAAAUGAUAUACAUAUAUUUUUUAAAUUAAAUUAAACAUAAAAUAGAAAACAAAUUUAAUUAAUUGAAGGCAACACUUAAAUACAAAAAAAAAACACAAAUUAUGUGAGAUUAAAAAUUAUUGGAUCUUUAAAGAAAAAAACAUGAAAAGAAAACAUAAAAUAAAGGAGAUAUUUUUUCUGAUUCGAAUUUAUAACAGUAAAAUAAAAAAAAAAUAUAUCAUAAAUCAUAUCAACUUAUUAAAUUAAAUUAUCGUAUACCUACUACACAUUAAUUUACUAUUACAAAAAUUUUUUAGAACCAAGCAUGGAUUCGCCUACAACUAUGCAAAAUUAAAGGUAUAUGUGGCUACAUAUUUUUUUUUAUUGGAAAUUUACCAAUCAAGCCAAUUUUUAUUUUUUAAAAUACAUAAUCAUAUUAUAUAACUAUAAUGAUAAAAUCGGUAAUUUGACAUUUCCGUUUAAAAUUUGUUAAAUUUAAAUUUGAUGUCGGAAUGAUUAUUCUCACAAUAUUGGACAGUUGGCCCCUUUUUAUUCAUAUUAUACAUAGAUGCAGCUUUUCAUUUGGUUCACAUAUUUAUUGAAUUUCUUAAAUUAUAACAAAAAUUUACUAUAAAUUUGAGUUAUAUUUAUUAUUAUUCAACAAACUUAUACGAUAUAGUUAUUCGUACGAUAGUAAUAUAGUGACGAUAUUUACGUAAUAUGGUUUUUUUCACUCAUUUUUCAAUGACAAAAGUAUUAAGUAAUUUUUUUCAAAACGAUUUCUCUGGUUCAUAUUAUUAUGCAAAUAUUUUUAAGGAUCUUAAAAUAAUUAUGAAAACAUAAUUCUCCUAAACUAAUUGAAAAGAAAGUAAUUUUGAAUAAACGAUUCGAUACUCGGCUUAACCAGUUUUUAAAUUUCAUAAAUUGACUACAGUUCUAAAAUUAUUUAGAACAAAUUUAGAAAACCAUGUCCUUUAACUAACUGUCCUAAUUAAUACAAAAAUCGGCAUCAAUACAAACAUCAUUACGUUUUACCUUUUUAUACAGCUUAUAUUUUGGAAUUCAAUUUUAUUAACCAAAGUUGGAUUUCUAAAAAAUAUUUACUUAUUAAAUGCAAACAUUUCUUAUUUUUAAUUUUUAUUAUAAUUUUUUCAAAGCUAAUAAAAAAAAUAAAAAUUAUUUAAUUAAAAUUAAGUUCUAUUAAAAUUUUAAUAUAUUUGGAAAAAAAACACUUCAUCAAAAGUACUAUUUAAAAUAAAAAAAAUUCCAUACAAAAAAACGAAAUGCUUAAACAAAUUAAACUUUUUAUAAAAAAAAAAAAACAUCAAUGAAAAAAUAUUUACAAAAGUACGUCCAUUCAGUAGCCAAACAAUUUUUGAACUACAUAUAGAUUUUUAACAUUUCUGUUAUAAAUCAUCCGAAUCAACAUAUAAAACUUAACUAGCUAUGUUAUUUUCAAUUGAUACCCGAAUAUCAAAGAAAUGAAAAUAAUUAAAUUCAAAUAUCCUUUUUUAUACUAUUUGUUUUUUCUUUUUUCGUUUUAUUUUCUACAAGUGAGUAUGUACUUGUACAUACAUUUAUAAGAAUUAUAUAGAAAUAUGAAAAAAAAGAAGUGAAAUAUUUUGUAAACUAAAUUUAAAAAUAAUUCGAAAAAAAAUUAUUGAAAUCAAUUUAAACUGAAAAACAAAUUGAAUUUUUAAAAGCCUAGGUAUUAUUUAAAAAAAAAAGAAAAAAAAAAAUAUAAAUAAAAAUAAAAUUCAGUAUACAUAUACAUACUUGUAAAAAAAAAAAAACAGAAAAAAUUUUUAGUAGUUAAAACAAAAAUUAAAAAACUAAAAUAACUCUGCUGUGCUUCUUUUUGGCUAAUAAACUUUAUAAAUAUAUAAUUACAAAUACAUCACAUAUGUAUAUUCAUAUUACAUAUACGUAUAUGUAUAAAUGUGUUUAUAUAUACAUUGAAAUAAAAACUUAAUUAUACACACAUCCAUAUAUAUAUAUUAAUAAAAAAUAUAAAUUUAUAAAUUCAAAUAAAAUGCCAAAAUUUACUC